UAAUCAAUUAUGAUUGGUUUUCUCUUUAGAAGAACACUUCAGAUACCAGUUCCUGCUUGUAGUUUUUCACUGAUAAGCUCGACGAUUCAACUGGGUUUUAUUCAAAAUGGCUUACUAUUCAGUGUUAGAUCUACUGAAAUAUGUGGACCAUGAACAGGAGCAGUACCCUUAUACAGUGCCUUAUCUUGUAAACUCAUGUGGGUUUUCCUUGGAAUCUGCUAAAUGUAUAUCUGAGAAGGUGAAUUUUGAAUCCGCGGAUAAACCAGAUGCAGUGGUUAGCCUUCUCAGGGACUAUGGAUUCACGAAUGUCCACAUCUCCAGGCUGAUUAGGAAAGCGCCUCUGCUGCUUUUGUCUAAUCCUGCUGGGACCCUUUUGCCCAAACUGGAGUUUCAACGUUCUAUUGGAGUUUCAGGCUCAGAAAUUGGUAAGAUAGCGUCCCGGAACACUAGCUUCUUGCGCCAGAGCUUAAAAAAGCAUAUCAUUCCUUGCUAUAACAUCCUCAAAAGUGUAGUGAUCUCUGAUGUGAAAGCAGUCAAGGCUUUGAGGCUCUUAUCUGAUACUGCCUGUUCCUUCUUGCCUGAGAAUUUGCCAGUUAAUUUGUCAACCAUCUCUCAUUUAUUGAUGAAACAACCUUCCUUGGCAUGCCUCAAGUCUGCCAAAUUUAGGCAAAUCGUUAACAAGGCUAUUGAAAUGGGAUUUGAUCCUCUAAAGUCUACAUUUGCACAUGCACUAUAUGUUCUGAGUUGUCCUAAUAUCUGGGAGAAGAAAAUAGAGGUCUACAGGAAUUAUGGCUUAUCAGAAGAUGAAAUUUGGUCGGCCAUCAGAAAGUUUCCCUUGUGUAUGAGUUUCUCAAGGAAGAAAAUUACCAAUACCAUGGAUUUUCUUGUGAACAAGGUGGGCUGGCUGCCUGCUGAUUUUGCCAGAGUUCCAUUUGUUUUAUGCUAUAGUUCGCAGAAGAGGAUUAUCCCAAGAUGCUAUAGUUUUUUAUAA